AUGCCCGCGUUCACAUGUUGUACAGUUAUACUGCUGGGUGUGCAAUCUGAACUGGCCACCGAACUCGCCAUAGUCUGCGAUUCUGAGACUGCUGCUGCCGACGACGGCACCGCCCCGUCUGGUUCACCCCCGGUGCUAUGCUCUACCGUCAGGUUUGGCGCCGAGGCAGCGAAAUCUCCACUGGCGGCAACGGAUUUAGUACCGAUUGCAAGCACCCUUUCAUACCAAAAGUCUAUGCAGGAGUCUAGAGUUGUCCUUGAACCCUUCGAAGCCACCCAGGAAUCACAAGUCGAACAACUGGAUGCAAUCGUCAUCGCUGAAACCGCCGGUUUCUCGCAGGCUUGUGCUCUUUAUAAAUUUCCGUCAGUCGGUCACCCUCAGACUACCCAGGAACCGGACUCACCCGCGGAGUCAAAUACUGAGGUCCACAAAGAACUCGACACAACCACUGGGACUGGUUCUCGGCUGGUGGAGCCCGCGGAAAAAUGUAUGUACUGGGCAAUAGUUUUCUUGUCAUAUUUCGGAAUUUUCCAUGUCUUGCUUUUCAUCUAG